AUGGAGCCUCGCCAGGAGAGCAUGAUGCGCGGGCGACGGAGCAAUACGGCUUCCGAUGUGGAAAAGUUUAAGGACUUCUGGCCUGAGGACGAAUACGGCAAGCGCGCAAUUGGUGCUGAUGCUCGAGGCAUAUGCAUGUUCAGUGCAUUGAAGCGUGCUGUCGAGCUUGCUGGGCGACCGGAAAUCGUGACGCAAGAUGAUAUUGAUACAUUCGUUGCUGAUGAACUCCGAGAGCGUGGAGUGUACCUCACACGGGGUACUUCGUGGAAGAUAGUCCUUUGGUUCCUGCGUCGACUUAGGGAUGCUGGCCGUGAUUUUAUCUUCAAGGCAAUCGACACAGACAGCUUCACCAUAGCUGGACGCCGUGGAUCACGCAUACUGGAGGAAGUGCCUCUCCACGACGGACUUUACUUCGUUGUUGCGUACAACCACAGCCUCGUUGGACACGCGUUCGUGCUCAGAGCUCAAGGAAAGAAGGGCAAGAUCCGGCGGAAUUUUGACUUGAAGGAUCUCAAGCCAGUGUCGUCGGUGAUGGAUUGGAUCACCUUUGUGGCCUGCAUUCGUUUUUUCAUUGUCUUCAAGAAGAAGUAG